CUUCGUCUACAGGCUCGUCACUUUAGUACCUCAGUUCGGAACCAGGCCAGCCUUAUUCAACCACCAAUUGCCGUAUUUGGAAUCGAAGGUCGCUAUGCAACCGCUUUGUACUCUGCUGCCUGCAAAGAAAAGAAACUCGAGGCUACAGAAACAGAACUGAAAAGAUUGAAUCAAUUGCUCACUAAGGAUGUCAAAUUAGCAGAAUUUAUCUCUAAUCCUCUCAUUAAGAAGUUUAUCAAACGGGAUCAACUAACAGAUGCUUUGAAAAAACAGAAUUUCAGCAAUUUGACUAUUAAUUUUAUCUCCGUCUUGGCAGAAAAUGCCAGACUUCGUAACUUGAAAGGUGUACUAGACACCUUUGCCAAUAUAAUGAGUGCAUAUCGGGGAGAACUACUCUGCGAAGUGAUUACGGCAAAGCGUUUGGAAGAUGCACAAUUAAAGGAAUUGGAAACAGCAUUACAAGGAUUUUUGAAAAAGGGUGAAAAGAUCAUUCUUAACACAAAGGUUUUUAUUUUUGUGUUAAUUUAGUUUAAUAUGCAUUUAAUAUAUUUUUAUGAAU